AAUGUGAACUGUACUGUAUCGAUUUUGUACGAACCUUUGGUUAACUUGUUGUAAUUAAGUUAUAAAUUUCCUACAAUGUGUUUAUGAUUAUUAUCCAUAAAUAUUUUUCAAUAUUCAACGUAGUUUUCAAAGUUAGUGAACGGUUGAAUUAUGGCGAGCUCCAUUAUCCUUGCUGGUCUUGGGAUGGCUGCAGUCGGUUUUGCUGGUCGAUACGUCUUGAAGCAAGUGCCUAAUGCCUCUGUGAAAUUUGCAGAGGCUGUUAAAAACUUUCCGAAAUUUGAUGCAGAAUCUUUAGCGACAUCAAAAUAUUAUAAAGGCGGAUUUGAACAAAAAAUGACUAAAAGAGAAGCAGCUUUAAUUUUGGGUGUAAGUCCUACAGCUAAUAAAGCCAAGAUAAGAGAUGCUCAUCGAAAAAUUAUGUUACUUAACCACCCAGACCGAGGAGGAUCCCCACUCAUUGCUGCCAAGAUUAAUGAAGCCAAAGAUGUUCUGGAGAGUGGCAAAUCAUAACUCCGAAUAUCAGUCCAUUAUCAUCCAUAAGUGUUAGAUUGCAGAAAGUAAUUAUGUAUUAGUCACAGAUAUGCCUUGAGGUUGUUUCAUUUGAGAUUGUUAGCAGGAGCAGCACUAGUGCUGCCACUAGUGGCAUGAAAGUGUUACAGUAAGACCAAGAUAAGUUUGCAAUGAUUUUGACAGCAUAUGCAGUGCAAGUGUUAUUUAUAUGUCAUAGAAGCUUGAAGUUUAAAAUAACACUUGCACUGGGUAUGCUGGAAUGUGCUAUCAGAAUUGUUGUAGACUUAUCUUGGUCUAACUCUAAUUGCUAUCCAUAUAGAGUAACCAUCCUGUUAUAUAAAUUAUAUUCAUGUACAGUCAAGCAAUAGAUGUGAAAAUGUUUUCAGUACCUAGACAAGUAUAUGUAUCUGGUAAGAAUAAACAUGUGGUACCUACAAAUGUUUUCUUGUCUGAUAAAUGCUACAUAGCCUAAGAUAUGUUAUAUAAGGUCAACCUUCACCAAGAUGUCUGACGAAUGAAACUUAUAUUUUAUGAAAGAAAAUAUGUUCCUGGGCAUAAAUAAAUAGGGUUGCCUAAAGAAAUAUGGUCAAGGCUAUUAUUAAUAAAUUUUUGAAAAUAUUG